GUUCUCUUUGGCUAUUCAUAGUCCACUCACUUACAUACACACACACAUCCUCCUCCAUUCUGCCUUUUAAAAUAUGUCCUCCGCCGCCGCCGCUACCACCGUCGCCACCCAUAUAACCACCGCCCACACCACCACCACCACCACCACCACCACCACCCCUAUCCGUCUUUCCAAACACACCCUUUUUAAACCCAUAUCCAAAACCCAACCAAACACCACCACCUUAACCCACAAAACCCAUCCACCAAGAUCCUUCAAAAACCCACUUUCUCAACAUUUUGAAUCACACCCAGAUGAUCAAAAUCAAAACUUUAUCAUCUCCGACGACGACAAGCCCCGUGAAGAGUGCGGCGUCGUGGGUAUUUACGGUGACCCAGAAGCUUCACGUCUCUGUUACUUAGCCCUUCACGCGCUUCAACACCGUGGUCAAGAAGGUGCAGGUAUUGUCACGGCGUAUGAAGGUAUUUUGAAAUCUGUCACCGGCGUUGGUCUUGUGUCAGAAGUGUUUAACCAGUCAAAACUUGACCAACUUCCCGGUGACAACGCUAUAGGUCAUGUAAGGUACUCUACUGCUGGUCAAUCUAUGUUGAAAAAUGUGCAACCGUUUGUAGCCGGUUACAGGUUUGGGAGGGUUGGGGUGGCUCAUAAUGGCAAUUUAGUAAAUUAUCAAAGUUUAAGGGCUGAACUUGAAGAAAAUGGUUCAAUAUUUGGUACUAGUAGUGAUACUGAAGUUGUGUUACAUUUAAUUGCUAUAAGUAAACAAAGGCCUUUUUUUCAAAGAAUUGUGGAAGCAUGUGAGAAAUUAAAAGGGGCUUAUUCUAUGGUUUUUAUAACUGAAGAUAAAUUAGUUGCUGUUAGAGAUCCUUAUGGUUUUAGGCCUUUAGUUAUGGGUAAAAGAAAAAAUGGUGCUAUUGUUUUUGCUAGUGAAACUUGUGCUCUAGAUUUAAUUGAAGCUGAAUAUGAAAGAGAGGUUUAUCCUGGUGAGGUUUUGAUUGUUGAUAAAGAGGGUGUUCAGUCUUUAUGUUUGAUGCCUCACCCCGAACCGAAAUCUUGUAUUUUCGAGCAUAUUUAUUUUUCGUUACCAAAUAGUGUUGUGUUUGGGAAGUCUGUGUAUGAGAGUAGGAGGAAGUUUGGGGAGAUUUUGGCUACGGAAUCUCCUGUUGAUUGUGAUGUGGUUAUAGCUGUGCCGGAUUCUGGUGUUGUGGCGGCGAUUGGGUAUGCGAAUAAAGCUGGGGUUCCGUUUCAACAGGGGUUGAUUCGGUCUCAUUAUGUUGGGAGGACGUUUAUUGAACCGUCUCAAAGGAUUAGGGAUUUUGGGGUUAAGUUGAAGUUGUCGCCUGUUCGGGCUGUUUUGGAAGGGAAAAGGGUUGUGGUGGUUGAUGAUUCGAUUGUUAGAGGGACUACUUCAUCUAAGAUUGUUAGGUUGUUGAAAGAAGCGGGAGCUAAAGAGGUUCAUAUGAGAAUUGCUAGUCCUCCGAUCAUUGCUUCUUGUUAUUAUGGUGUUGAUACCCCGAGCCCAAAGGAGCUGAUAUCGAAUAGGAUGAGUGUUGAGGAGAUUAGGGAAUUCAUUGGGUCAGAUUCUCUUGCGUUUCUUGAAAUUGAUAGCUUGAAGAAGAUGUUGGCUGCUGAUUCCCCUAACUUUUGUUAUGCUUGUUUUUCUGGAAACUAUCCGGUGCUGCCUAGUGGUAUUGUGAAAAAGGUUGGUGAUUUUGUUGAUGAUGGAUUGAAUGGAAGUAUCGAUUCGAUUGAAGGGGGUUGGAUUCAAGGGUCAAAAGAUCAAAAUGAGAAAGAGGAUUUUGAUGUGAAUUAUGAAGGACUAGACAGUAAAGUUCCAGUUUAGUAAGAACAAGUUAAUCUUUUCUUUAUCCUUGUUCUUGAUUUCAUGCAAGAACAUAUGUUUUAAUGUCUUCUUUAAGAUGGAUUUUGGGUUUCCCUUACCUUUGAGUCUUUAUGAAACUGUUUUCAUCUUUAUAUGGUUUUAUGGAAAGACAUGAUCUAUGAAUAAUCUUACUAGUAUUCAGUUUGA